AUGCCGCAAUUCAAUCUAUCGCAAUUCAAUCUGUUACGGUGCCCAGCUGAUUUAGCGUCAUCUCUUCAAGGGCAGAACUACUUCAAAUCACACGAUGAAUUGGAUCUUCGGAGCAAAAUUCUUUCGCUGUGUAGCGACGUGCUUGGAGGCAAAUGGGCUGAUCUCCAUCCGGACAACGUCUCAAUCAGUCAUGUGCGUGGUGGUCUGACAAAUCUCGUCUAUUUGGUGAGCCGGCCAAAAUUCUCAUCAUCGGACGAUCAGCCGUCUACCGUACUACUGCGAAUUCAAUCACAAACCGAUCACGAAAAACUGCUCAAUGAACUUGUCGUGUUCACUUCGUUAGCUGAGAGUGGUCUCGGGCCAAAACUACUGGGAAUCUUUCCUGGAGGACGCUUUGAAGAGUACAUUCCUAGUCGACCUGUCGAUCAUCACGAGGUGACGGAUUUCAGGAUUUGCACCCUAUUGGCACGACUCUUGCCACGAUUCCACUCCACUGCGGUGCCGGUCUCUAAACGACCGGGUUUGGUGAACAUGAUGCGGGAAUGGUUGGCACUUUUCGAGGAGCAGGGCAAUUCACAUGUGAAAAUGCAAACGACAUCCUUCCAGCUGCAUCCCAACACGUUUCCUUCCGAGCUUUCCACAAGUGACCUGGCGAGAGAAAUCGACACUGUAGAAGAGUUUCUCAGUACGUCAUCGUCACCAGUUGUCUUUUGCCACAACGACCUCACUUCUGGAAAUCUGUUGAUCAGCACGAGCAAGUCUUCUGACCCCACAACGGCCGAGGAGAUCUCGUUAAACGGGAACGACAAGGAGAGCCUUUCUCUAAACUUGGUCGAUUUUGAGUUCAGCGCCUAUAACUAUAGAGGCUUCGACUUGGCCAAUUAUUUCUGUGCGGCCGCUAUUGAACACAAUCUUCACGAUUAUCCACGUUAUCGAAUUGAUCUAAACAAACUCCUAAAUCGAUCGAUGAAGGUGGAAUUCUGCAAGGAGUAUGUACGGGAAGCUAAAAAGCUGAAUAUUCAUAUCAAAUCGGAGCUCAGUCUUUUACGGGAAAUCAAUCAAUUCGCACCGGUCGUACAUUUAUUCUGGGCAAUUUUCAAUUUGUAUUGUGAAAAGGAGACUUUGGCAAUUAUGGAUUGCGGAGCGUACGCCCGCGAUCGAUUGGCUCUUUACUAUCAGACACGAAGUAACUUCCGUGAUCAAUAG